UGAAGCCAAGUGAAUGGGGGCUUAAUGCGUAAAUCGAUCGCUAAAGACGAGCGCCAGAUGCUGGAGGAAAAUAUUCGUUUAUGAAGUAAGCGGAGGACUUUAGUUCUGCAGAGAGCUUGAGUUCCUUUUGGCUUGCCAUUCUCAGCCUCCUCAUGCCUCCAUCUCCACUAGACGACAGGGUAGUAGUGGCACUCUCCAGGCCCGUCAGACCUCAGGAUCUCAACCUUUGCUUAGACUCCAGCUACCUUGAAUCUGCCUCUUCCACCAGUGAGAGCCACGUGAGUCUCCUAAGCUCUGCUGUUGUGUCCCUCAAGGCUGCGAAUCUGACGUAUAUGCCCUCAUCCAACGGCUCUGCCCGCUCCUUGAGUUGUGGAUGCAGCAGUGCCAGUUGCUGCACUGUGGCAACGUACGACAAGGACAAUCAGGUCCAAACUCAAGCCAGCACCAGCAGCACCUCGGCCACCGUAGGAACCUCGAGCCCUUGCCCUGCAAACCAAAUGGUCAACAGCAAUGAGAACUCUGGCCCCCUGAGUCCCUCAAGCAGUGUGGGGAGCCCAGUCGCAGGCACAGCAAAACAGUUGGCUAGCAUCAAGAUCAUCUAUCCCAAUGACUUGGCAAAGAAGAUGACCAAAUGCAACAAGAGCCACCAAGGGCCGGUCAUCAUUGACUGCAGGCCUUUCAUGGAAUACAACAAAAGCCACAUCCAAGGGGCAGUUCACAUUAACUGCUCUGACAAGAUUAGCAGGAGAAGGCUUCAGCAGGGCAAGAUUACUGUCUUGGACUUGAUAUCUUGCCGGGAAGGCAAGGACUCCUUCAAGAGGAUCUUUUCCAAAGAAAUCAUUGUUUAUGAUGAGAAUACCAAUGAGCCGAGCAGAGUAAUACCUUCCCAGCCACUGCAUGUAGUACUGGAGUCUCUCAAACGAGAAGGCAAGGAACCACUGGUUCUAAAAGGUGGACUCAGCAGUUUUAAACAGAACCAUGAAAACCUCUGUGACAACUCCCUCCAACUCCAAGAGUGCCCUGAAGGAGGAGGAGGAGGUGGUGGCGGCGCCAUGGCAGUGACAGCUACACUACCUCAGUCAAUCCCUACCACUCCAGACAUCGAAAACGCCGAGCUCACUCCCAUCUUGCCCUUCUUGUUUCUUGGAAAUGAGCAUGAUGCUCAGGACUUGGAGAAGAUGCAGAGGUUGAACAUAGGCUACAUAAUCAAUGUAACCACUCACCUUCCCCUCUAUCAUUAUGAGAAAGGCUUGUUCAACUACAAACGGCUCCCUGCCACAGACAGCAACAAGCAGAAUCUCAGGCAGUAUUUUGAAGAGGCUUUUGAAUUCAUUGAGGAAGCUCACCAGUGUGGGAAAGGUCUUCUUAUCCACUGCCAGGCGGGCGUGUCUCGCUCUGCCACCAUCGUCAUUGCUUAUCUAAUGAAGCACACGCGGAUGACCAUGACUGAUGCCUAUAAAUUUGUUAAAGGCAAACGACCAAUCAUUUCUCCUAAUCUUAAUUUUAUGGGGCAAUUAUUGGAGUUUGAAGAAGAUCUAAACAAUGGAAUCACACCACGAAUUCUUACGCCAAAGCUUAUUGGGGUAGAGACUGUUGUGUGAUGGUGAAGAAGCUGACAGACUGUCCUAUUCUUCACGGUACAUGGAUUGGGAGGCUUGGCUUUUCCUUUUCAGCUUUAUUUGGGGGAGGGGGCUCUCUAAAACAAACUCUGAACCAAAACCUUUUGGAAAAAAUGGGUUUAAAAAUACAAGAACUUCACAAUGUUGAGCAGAAUGCCAUUGCAAAUCCUUUCUCCAAAAAUGGCUGAAGGAUAGAUACGUAGAAAAUAAACCAGUUUUUUUUUUAAAAAAAAUCUACAUAUGUGUGAGAGAGAAAAACUGGACAGUAGAUAUUUUUCCUUCCUGUUUUGGUGAUUCAGUUACUUGUAGAGAUUAUGACUAAGUAGUCUGUGCAGGUUCAUAGACAGAAGACAACUAUGCUUGGAGAACACAAAACACAACCAGCCAAAACAAAAGCAAAAAGAUAACAAAAUCCAUGGGCCUUGAGUUUGCAAAGGCUUUGCUAAAGAAAACCUAAGCAAAAUGCUUGCUGAUGCAAAGAAGAUCGGAGCAGCUUCAACUAUCUGCAAAGCACUUCUCACCCUCCUGACUAGAGAAUCUUUUUAUUUGUUGUUUCAUCUUCUGGUACUAUUUUUCUAUUUA